GAUAUAUCACUUCAGAAAAAUCUAGGUUUUGGAAAUUCUUUGCUAGAAAGUGAUCACGAGUCAUUCCCUGAAAAUAGUAAAUCAGGAUCACUGUCUACUGCUUCAAAUAUAUAUGAUUAUUAUGAAACCAAAGUGUCCUCCCUAAUAAGAAAAUUCGGCAUUCUUGAGGCACAAUUGCUAGCUGCAAUAGCAAGCAAAGAAGCUUCUGAAAAAAAUUUAGCAUCUGCUUUCAAAAGUAGGCAAGAGAUGGAUAACAAAUUGACUGACACACUAAAGGAGAUUGAAUUACUGAGAGAGAAGCUAGCUGGUGCAGAGUUAGCUCAAGAAGAUGCCAGCAACCUAUCUAACAUUGUCCACUCCGACAAUGUAAGACUUGAACAUGAUGUGGCUUUUCUCAAGGCUAUUUUAGAUGAUACACAAAAGUAGGAAUUGCACUCAACAAGAGGAGUUCUCGCAGGAGAAAGAGCCAGGGCUUUCCAAUUACAGGUUGAAGUUUUUCAUCUCAAACAGAGGCUGCAAUCAAUGGAAAAUAGAGCACCUACUCCCAGGAAACCUUUUCAUGUGUAGUGAGGCGUCCUCAAUGGUCAUAUAUAACAGUCAAUUUCGGCAAACCAAAAUGAUGAAACAAAGCUCCUAUUAUUAUGAGGACAUAUUAGGGAACUGCAUUUUGAGGGUGGCAUUGAAGGCUUGUACAACCUCCAAAGAUGCAGUGUUACUUCAUUAAUAGAAUGCUUUUUGGUCAGAUCAAAUGUGACAGAGUUGAAUCCAUACAGAAUUAAGAUUUAAAACAUUUAGGAUUAAUUGAAAAGGCUAAAUAUUAGUUUAUAGUUUGUCGUUCUUAACUGUAAUUGCAUUAUGAUGUAUUUAACAACAUAAUAUACAGUUUGUAAUAGUAUUUACUCCCCAAGUAUAAGCAAAAUUAGCUUAUAUUUUUUGGAAUAAAAUAUGCAUAAAAAAAU